AAUGGCUCGGUCGAUAGUUGUGUUUGUUCUUGGGUAUUUAUUCAGGCCGGGGCUGGAAUCCGGAGGACUGUCAGCGUUGAUGCUGCUGUACUUUACAGAGGGGACCGUGGGGGCAUAUUGUCUUAGCUUUGUGUCCAUACUGACUGUUGAGAGUGAGAGGGAACAGGGCUUCAACAUCGUGAUGCAUCACAAGGGUGAGCCAAGCCUUCCUGCGUGCCGCCUGCCAGCUGCCCGACUAAAAUGAGUAUAACCAGCGAUGAGGUGAACUUCCUGGUGUACAGAUAUCUUCAGGAGUCAGGUUUCUCCCACUCAGCUUUCACCUUUGGCAUCGAGAGCCACAUCAGCCAGUCCAACAUCAACGGAACGCUGGUGCCCCCUGCUGCCCUGAUCUCUAUCCUGCAGAAGGGCCUCCAGUAUGUGGAGGCGGAGAUCAGCAUCAACGAGGACGGCACGGUGUUUGACGGGCGGCCCAUCGAGUCGCUGUCGCUCAUCGACGCCGUGAUGCCCGACGUGGUGCAGACGCGCCAGCAGGCGUUCCGGGACAAGCUGGCCCAGCAGCAGCAGGGGGAAGGGACCUGCACCAUGGCCACGCCCAGUCCCGCCCACCAGGCCAUGGCGCCCAAGAAUGGAGAGAUCCCGGUCAACGGCGAGGAGAACGGCACGCACGCCAUGAACCACCACGGGGAGCCCAUGGACCUGGACCUGGACGUGGAGAUCCCAGCCAGCAAGGCCACCGUGCUCCGGGGCCACGAGUCGGAGGUCUUCAUCUGCGCCUGGAACCCCGUCAGCGACCUGCUGGCCUCUGGCUCGGGGGACUCCACGGCACGGAUCUGGGACCUGAACGAGAUCGGCUCCUCCAGCUCCACCCAGCUGGUCCUGCGCCACUGCAUCCGCGAGGGCGGCCAGGACGUCCCGAGCAACAAAGACGUGACCUCGCUGGACUGGAAUAGUGACGGGACGCUGCUGGCCACCGGCUCCUACGACGGCUUCGCACGGAUCUGGACGAAGGACGGGAACCUGGCCAGCACGCUGGGACAGCACAAGGGGCCCAUCUUCGCGCUGAAGUGGAACAAGAAGGGGAACUCUAUUCUCAGCGCCGGUGUAGAUAAGACGACAAUCAUUUGGGACGCACACACGGGGGAGGCCAAGCAGCAGUUCCCCUUCCACUCAGCCCCGGCCCUGGACGUGGACUGGCAGAACAACACCACCUUCGCCUCCUGCAGCACCGACAUGUGCAUCCACGUGUGCCGGCUGGGCAGCGACCGGCCGCUGAAGACCUUCCAGGGCCACACGAACGAGGUCAACGCCAUCAAGUGGGAUCCUUCAGGGAUGCUGCUGGCGUCCUGCUCCGACGACAUGACCCUGAAGAUCUGGAGCAUGAAGCAGGAACAGUGUGUUCACGACCUGCAGGCCCACAGUAAGGAGAUCUACACCAUCAAGUGGAGCCCCACCGGGCCCAGCACCGGCAGCCCCAACGCCAACAUCAUGCUGGCCAGCGCCUCGUUCGACUCCACGGUGCGUCUGUGGGACGUGGAGCGCGGCGUCUGCAUCCACACGCUCACCAAGCACCAGGAGCCGGUGUACAGCGUGGCCUUCAGCCCCGACGGACAGCACCUGGCCAGCGGCUCCUUCGACAAGUCGGUGCACAUCUGGAACACCAUGAGCGGGGCCUUGGUGCACAGCUACCGGGGCACUGGGGGGAUCUUCGAGGUCUGCUGGAACAGCACCGGGGACAAGGUCGGAGCCAGCGCCUCGGACGGCUCGGUCUGCGUCCUGGAUCUCCGAAAAUAACACCUCGGACGAGACACGUUGGCCUUGGACCGUGUUUGUUCAGCGGAAAACAUUUGAAAUGGUUUAUUAAAGGGCUGCGAGCGAACGCCUCCCCCCCCCUCCCCACCCCCACACACAAGACCCCCAGGCUCUGAAGGAAGACAAAGAUGAAAACAAACCGCCCGUCACCAGUCAGCCCCCGCGCUGAGCAGAAGUGUGCGCGUGUGUGUGUGUGAUCACCUGUUUGACGGACAGACGGCAGAAAGCAGCUCAGACAUCUACAGGACUGACUCUCCUUCGAUCGCACACUCCUUUUAGCGAGUCUUUUUAGCGUACGGUUUGAAGUCAAGUACCGACCGGGAAGUGCCCGGGACUCCUACCCCCCCUCCCCCCCCCCCCGCCCUCCCCCCAUGGUGUCCCUGUUGCCGUGGGGCGACGGCGACCUGUGUAUGUGUCCACUGAGGGGGGAGUGGCCGUGCUCGCUUGGCCGCUUCUGACGCUGAAAUGGAGGGGCUGUUGUUAUUCAGUUUAGCGGUUUUAUUUUGUCUCUUUUCAUUUGUUACGUCACUCAGAGUUCCGUCUGUGAGGAACGUGUUCAUGUCCUCGCCGUCGCCUCCGGGGCGCGGUGAGGGUGAAUCACAAUCAGCACCGAUGGCGGCGAUUGGUAACCACGACGCCGACCGCGCUGCCACAUCAGCUUGGCGGCGGAGAGCCGACUUGUUUUGUUAAAGAACUCUGUUCCGCAAUCGGACGCGUAAAAGUGGUCAGUAAGAGACGCCGUCAGGACGCGGCCCCGUCAUCAUCAUCAUCCUCAUCAUCCUCACAUCGAGGUCUCGGAGAGGAGGAAGAACCAACAGCCGGUUUUAUUAACGUUAUUUUUAUAACCGGCCCUUUCGACCCAGCGAGGAGCGCGACCACGCGAUGUGUAAAGUGCCGUUUUUUUUUUUUUUUUUUCCUACCUGCGUUUUCUCAAAUUCGGAUGUAAAUUGAAUGAAUGUAAAGUAACGUCAAUUGAUUGAACUGAAACGAACACAGAUUUAUAUACUGUGUAUAUAUGCUUCUAUACAGUACAGUUUAAGGCCAUCUGUUGAAGCCCGCUACCACGGCAACAGCCGCUCCCGUGCCACGUAAUCUCACCGUGUACUGACGGCCAAUCGGGUACCGUCCGGCUAGGACUGGGGAGAGGGAGGGAUGGGGGAGGUACUGAACGCGGUCGCCCUUAACCCCUUCACACAGACGUCCUUUCCCUGGUCCAGGUCCCCAUGUCCUGCAGAACUCUGGUUCCACACGUUCCAACAACAGGUGGACUCUAGGCUCUGUUUCCCCCCCCCACCCCUCCGCAUCGGCCUACUGAACCCCCCCGCAGGAUGACUGAGGGGGUCCGAUAUGAAAGCACGAGACGAGUCCUGCUGUGGCCAGAGAGGGUUUGAGGUCCCCUCACCGCGCAGACAGCUGGAUCCGGACCUCCUGCUGCAGAAGGGCUGGGCAGCUGGCAGAGCUUCAGUGGGGGGGGGGGUAGGUUCUGCUGCCACUCGUUUGGGUUCUGCUGUAAAAACCACCAGACACGACUGCAGCGAACGUCGUUACUUUUAGCCUUUUUCUCCGUCUGGUUCCCUUUCGGUCGCAGUCGCAUUUGUUGGAGCAAGUGUACUUUUCUCGGAUUGUUGGCGUUCAUCGCAGAGAGUCGGUCUAUUGCAGAUUUUUAUUCAUUUUUUUGUCGGUUUGUUUUCUUUUUCGUCUCUUAAUUUUCGUCGUACUCUGGCGUCGAUGGAUGUCUCACUGUUUUUUUUUGGCUUGUUAAUUGGCUUAGAGCCACUAUUGUCUGUGUCAGACUGAGAAUUGGGCUGGUGGCGGCGGCCAUCUUGGCUCACCGAGGAGCCAGUGAUGUGAGACCCGCCAUCUUGUUUCCCGCCCCCUGUUCAGGGUUUGGUCGCCUGUUUCAACGACAAAACGAAGAAGUCACUCGAUGUCUCAAAUAAAUCACUCUAUUUUGAUAUCAGAAA